GCGGACGGAGACAGAUUCAGCCGAGGAGAGGAGCCCCGAAAAGCAGCAGCAGCAGCGAGCCGCGCGCCGCGGCGCAGCGAGGCGUCUCGUCAGCGUCGUCUCUAUCCUCGAGGAGGAAGGAAGUGGAGGCGAGGGAGGAAAGCGAAGCAAGCAACGGACGCCCGCCGAAAGAAAGAAAGAAAAAAAAACUGACCUUUUUCUCCCUCUUUCUCCUCGCAUUAAAAUCCCCCCCCCCCCCUCCCCGUGCUCCCUCUCCCAAAUCCCGAGCUCUCCCCCUCUUCCGUCCCCUGCCCUACCUCGCCGCCGGCGGCGCGCAGAUCGCGGCCCCUCGCCCGUACCGAUCGCCUCCGCGCACCUUCCCGUCCGUUCCUGCUCGGGCGACGGCGGCGAUUCCUGCGUCGCAUCGCCGCCUCCUCCUUCUCUUCCUCCAGUGGCUGCUUGGGCUACGGCGGUUCCUGCGGUCGCCUCCUUCCUCCAUCGGCUGCUUGGCGGCGCCUCCUCCUUCUCCUCCUCCAGCUCCGGGAAAGAAGCAAGCAAGCGGCUAGCGGCCAGCUGCUUUUCUCCCGGCGGGGGUGGCCAUGGUGGACAUCAGCGAGUGCUCGCCGGUGCCGGAGUCCGUACCGGCGCACCCGGACCCGGCGUCCGUGUCCCCGGACGCGUGGCGGCGCUUCGAGACCGCCGCGCUCGCCGUGGUCAACAAGAUCCAGCCCACCGCCGCCUCCGAGCAACUCCGCGCCGCCGUCAUCGAGUACGUCCAGCGCCUCUUCUGGUUCCAAGCUCGGUAUCAGGUCUUUCCAUUUGGAUCUGUUCCAUUGAAAACAUAUCUUCCUGAUGGAGAUAUUGACUUGACAUUAUUCGGCCCUGCGAUUUCUGAUGAGAAUCUAGCAAAUGAAGUAUGUGCUAUUCUAAAAUCGGAAGAGCGAAGGAAAGAUUCUGAAUUUGAAGUCAAGGAUGUCCAUUAUGUCCCUGCUGAGGUCAAGCUGGUUAAAUGUUUGGUACAAAACAUUGUCGUAGACAUCUCAGUUAAUCAGAUUGGUGGGCUGUGCACACUAUGUUUUCUUGAGAAGGUCGAUCAAAACUUUGGUAAGAAUCACCUGUUUAAGAGAAGCAUAAUGCUUGUCAAAGACUGGUGCUAUUACGAAAGCCGUAUUCUUGGUGCCCAUCAUGGUCUAAUAUCAACAUAUGCCUUGGAGACUUUAGUUUUAUACAUUUUCCAUAUCUUCCACAAGUCUUUGGAUGGUCCAUUGGCUGUCCUCUAUAGAUUUCUUGACUAUUAUAGUAAAUUCGAUUGGGACAAUAAGGGGAUCAGCUUGUUUGGACCUGUUUCCUUAUCUUCACUACCUGAGCUAGUUACUGACCCACCAGAUACCCAAGAUGAUGAUUUUCUUCAACGAGAGGAGUUUCUAAAAGAAUGCACAGAGUCUUUUAGUGUUCUCCCUAGAAACUCCGAGACAAAUCCUAGAGUAUUCUCACGAAGAUUUCUUAAUAUAGUUGAUCCACUAAAGCAGAGUAAUAACCUUGGACGCAGUGUCAGUAAAGGAAACUUUUACCGGAUACGCAGCGCAUUUGAUUUUGGUGCUCGUAAGCUUGGCAAGAUUCUUCAAGUGCCUUCUUGUCUCACUGUCAGUGAAGUCAAUCAGUUUUUCAGGAACACUCUAAAGAGAAACCGUACUGGUUUAAGGCCAGAUGUUUGGGUGAGCUCUUCUGAUCUUGUUACAAAUGAUCCUGUAUCAUCAGUCUUAGAUGUGGAAAGAGUCAACAAGGUUACGCCCAGCAAUUCCUGCGAUGUUCUGUCUAAUCAGCUCAGUAACAUCAACAUUUCAGAUUCCAACAAUCAUGGCCCAGUAAAGCAAAAAGAAUGUAACUCUAUGGCUGACCACAAGGAGAUAAAAUCUGUUUCUUGGGGUUUGCUAGAUAGUGAUGCCACGAGUCACACAGCUACUGAUUCAGUAAGUGUGAGGGGUGGUGACGACUUCUCUGAAGCUUCACCAACACCUAGUGAAACCUGGACCUUGCAAUCAGAAGCCGGCAAGAAGGUUGAUGUUAGAAAUGACACAAUCCCAUCAUACCAUGGGGUUUCAGCAAAGCAGUUUACAGGCAGAUCUCACCACUAUAUUGACGGUGCUAAGCAUAAUGCUUACUCCUAUUCUACUGGCUUAAUUGAUGGUCUAGGCACAUCUAAUUCCGUUUUAACAUCAGAUACACAACCUGGAGGUACCAUCAAUGACACAGUGCCAAAUCUCACUGGAGAUUUCGAUACAAAUUUGCAUAAUCUUCUGUAUGCACGGGGUUUCCAUCAGGACAAUCCUACGACUCAGUUAUACUAUCCGAUGCCUAUGCCACCACCCCUGCAAUAUCAGAACAUGCACCCAUCAAAUGGCCAUGGCAGAAAAAAUCCGUAUGGAUAUGCUGGUAGGAAUGGAGUUGUCCCUGGUCCUGUUUAUCCACCUGGCUAUUUUGUGUAUAGGCCAUUGUAUCAAGCAGAUGAUCAUAUGGCUAUGAGGGCUCGUGGAACAGGCACCUACUUUCCUGACCCAAACUUGCGCAAGGAAAGACCACCUACUGGACGUGGGGAGAGAGGAAGGAAUCAUUCCCAUCAGAAUAAUUAUCAAAAGUUUCACCACCAUGCCCGACCGGAUAUGCCUGUAGAUAUGAUACCUUUUGAUGAAUUGAGGCAUGAGUCACCACUGCAGAUAUACGCUCCUAGUGCAAAUGAUCAUGGAAUCCCAUCUCCAAUGAAUAUACCAAUACCAUCACCAUCUUCCCAGUCUCCAAGGGAUCCUUUGAACGUACCAAUGCAUUCUCCAUCUUCCCAGGUUAGAAAGGAUAAUUUUCAUGGCAAUGGUUUUAUGCUCUCGCAAGACAGUAAACUUGAGUUUGGGACCUUGGGGGCGUUGCCAAGGGAAGUUGCCUCCAAAGACCAUGCUAGCAGACCAAGUUCUGCCUCCAACAAUCAAGGUUCUGGGCCUGUGACUGUGAGCCCCAUGUCUGUGGUGAAAAACACUGGAAUGGGUUCCAACGGAAUGAGGAAUGUUCAAGCAUACCGUCUCAAGGACAGUGGUGACUUCCCGCCACUAUCCAGUUGAUGUCGAUUCUGUGUGUUUGAGAGGCAACAGGAUAAUGAUGAAUGGUGUGCUCCCGACGCAGGAAUGGGAGACCAUGUCAGGGCACCGAGUUCUUUGGCAAAGGCAUACACCAUGUUGUACAUCCUGUUUUUUCUUCCUUUUUCUCCAGUUGCCAUAAGCAUUGUCACUGCAACGCGGCCUGUGUUUUCUGUAACUGAGUUUUUUUGCGACAAAAGAGAAGGCAAAAAGAAAAAAAAAGAAAAGAAAGAGAGAGAGAAGAACAAGAAAUGGAAGGGAAAGAAGGAAAGCAAAAGGGCUCUGAAACUGGAUGACAUGUAGAUACUUUUAGGGGUAUAGCCCCCUUGUUUCAGUUUUACAGAUUAUGGAGUCCCUCGAAGGGGAACAGAUAUGCUAGGGAAAGUAAUAGAGCUAGCUAGCUAGUUUUGUUGUUUCGACCUCAGGAUCAUUGGAUAACUGGAUUUUGUCCAUGCCUUCGUGUAAUGAGGAUAGAGUUGUAGCCCCUGUUUGCAUUUAGAGGAGGGAGGUCUUGUGUUGAAAGGCCCCAAUGUUUGAAGUUACUUUAGCUGCUUGAAAAUGGAUUAGGUAAUACAGAAUGUGUUAAAUUUA